AUGCAAGAGAUAGUAAGUUUUACGUUUAGAUGGCCUGCAGGCCCACAGGAAGUGCUGGUAACUGGUUCUUUUGAUAAGUGGCAGAGCAAGAUACCAUUGGUGAAGGAGGCUGAUGGUAGUUAUGCCGUUACCAUUCCUCUGAAGUUUGAAGAUGAAGGCGAACGGUUGUAUUUCAAGUUCAUUGUGGAUGACGAGUGGGUUGUAUCUAAGGACUACAGAAAAGAAUUUGACUCUAACGGGUUUGAGAACAAUUUUGUUUCUAUAAAUGAGGCCAAGAAGUCUCUAAAGGACCAGACGAAAGGUAUGGGUUCCAGGAUCCCAGAGUCUGGUGGAUUGAUGGCCUUGAGUGCAAUGUCUGCUGGUUCUGGCUCUGCUAUGAAGAACGAUAUGGAGAUUGGAGAGCAAAAAUUCACCACACAACCCGUGGACACCCCGGAAGCUGAUACUAAUGUAUUCAAGAACUCAGGCUAUUCAUUUGGUGGCCCAGGUCCUGCUAUCCCUGGCAAUAUGGCUGCAUUUGAAAUGAAGAAGGCUGAUGACUCAAUGGACAUGAGUCAUGGUACAGAAACUGCCAUGUCUGAAAGCAUGGGUGAACCAUCUAUGAACAUGUCUGACAACAUGGACACCACGAAAGACAUGUCUGAUGACAUGGGAAUGUCCGCAAGGGAUGUUCAUGUCAAUGUUCCUGGCCAGUUCAAUACAAUGCCAAUUGAGACGGACCCUGCUUCCACUAACGCCUUUGCCAACGAACAGACAGCUAUCAUGGCAGGCCCAGGCCCUGCAAUUCCAUCAAAGGAUAAAAUGGGAGCCUUCACUAAGUUUAGAAAUUCUAAAGGUGAAUUUGUUGAGAAGGAAGAGCUCGAUAAAGAGAAUGCCUCUGCUGAGAAAUCGAUGGGAAUGGAAACCCAGACUACUAAAGACAUGAUGAAUGAGAAGCAAGAAAGUAUGGAUAUGCAAAGCAAGAAAAUGGAGCAUGAGGAGAAAAAAAUGAAGGAAGCUGAAGAAAAGCAAGUCAAAAUGGCGGAAGAGCAGAAGAUGAAAGCGGAUGAAGAGAAACGCAUGAAAGAAGCUGAAGAUGAAAAGAGAAAUAUGGCCAUGGAAGAACAAAAGAUGAAAUCUAAUGCAGAGCAGAAGAGACAGGAGGAGAUGGCAAUAGAUAUGGAGAAGCAAAAGCGCCAAGAGGAAGAUGCAGCUACUGAAACUGAAAUGAAGAUGAAACAAAGCCAGAAGGCCGAAGCGGCUGCGGCUGCGGCUGCGGCUGCUACGACUGGCAUGGCUAGUGGGGCUAUGAUGUCAAACUCUACAACGGCUAAAAAAUCAGCCACUCCAAUGGAAAAGAACGUCUCUGGAAUGUCAAUGGAUGACAAAACUCCAAAGAUGGGCAUGCCUAGAGAAACUCCCUCCAUGUCUAUGGACCCUAAGUCCUCAGGCAUGACAAUGGAGAAGGAAACUCCCUCCAUGUCCAUGGACCCUAAGUCCUCGGGCAUGACAAUGGAGAAGGAAACUCCAGCCAUGUCCAUGGACCCUAAGUCCUCGGGCAUGACAAUGGAGAAGGAAACUCCAGCCAUGUCCAUGGACCCUAAGUCCUCGGGCAUGACAAUGGAGAAGGAAACUCCAGCCAUGUCCAUGGACCCUAAGUCCUCGGGCAUGACAAUGGAGAAGGAAACUCCUGCCAUGUCUAUGGACCCUAAGUCUUCAGGCAUGACAAUGGAGAAGGAAACUCCCUCUAUGUCUAUGGACCCUAAGUCUUCAGGCAUGACAAUGGGAACAAGUGCAGCAGCCAUGACUAUGGAUCAUAAGCAACCACAUGGGAUGUCAGAAUCUAGCACGACGCAUAAACACACAAAGAAAGAUGACACCAUGAUGGGUAAAAUGAAAGAGACCGAUGAGAAAAUGAUGGAGAAGAAGGAGGCUACGAAGGAAAAUGUUGAAAACAAGAUUAUGGAGACUGAUCAGAAGCUACAGAACAGAUUUGACAGAGUGAAGGCAGAGGUCCAAGGCAAUGCCAUGCACAUCAAAGAUGAAGUUAGGGAGAUGCUGCACCCAACUACCAGCAAGCCAGAGAGUAAGCACAAUACUAAGGAACAUACUCCAAUGGCUGUCGAGUAUUCUGGUACUGGCCAUCAAAUGGAUAAAACCAAUAUGGACAUGAAUGACCCAGAUGUGUACAAGCACCAUCCAAGCCAUACAUCACACAACGCGGCUCACAAGGUACCAUCUGCGGAUAUGAACGAUCCUAGAGUGUACUCCAUUCCAAACAGUGCUCAACAUUCGGAUGAAAACCUACCGCAAGGGUUCAAGAACGAUCCACCUGUUACUCCAACAAAGAAGAAAAUGGCAGCCAGUUCAUCUAUGAAUGACACACCUAAGAUGAAGUCUCCAAUGACAACAUCCAAGACUGGUGCCAAGACAACUCCUAAGACUACUUCUAAGACUACUUCUAAGCCUACAACGACCAGCAUGAACUCGACGCCAAUGAAGAAAGAAAAGAAGGGAUUCUUUUCCAAGUUGAAGAAAGUCUUCAAAGUGUAA